AUGCAAUUGAUCAGAUCCAAACAAAAACGAAAUCGUAGAGGCAUCACGGCAACAUCUGCUUCCUCAAUAUUCAGUAGGGGCUUCCAAUCACCAAACUUGAACUCAAUUUACGAUCUGUCUGAAGAAACUUUAGUAAACGAAUCAUCUGUUCCUUACCCUUCGUGGAUGGCGACAAAGCAUUCGAAGAACCUGCCUUCGUACGAACAAAUCAACAAUAUAUUUAUGGAUCUUAAAGACGCUUUUGGCUUUCAAUACGACAGUAUGCUGAAUAUGUUAGACUAUUUGAUGACUAUGCUGGACUCUAGAGCCUCUCGGAUGUCCCCAGCCAUGGCUCUCUUGACUUUGCAUGCGGACUAUAUUGGUGGUCCGAACGCUAACUAUCGUAAAUGGUACUUUGCAUCCCAGUUAAGCUUGGAUGAUGUUAUCGGUGAUAAGAACAGCGCAAAUAAUAUGAAAUAUGAGCCCGAUAACAACGCACAACAGCAAUCAUUAAAUCGUGCGGAAGAAGUGUGGCGUCGGAAAAUGGAGCGGAUGACAGAUGUCGAAAGAAUUAGGCAGUUGGCUUUAUGGUUGCUGAUUUGGGGUGAAGCUUCCGUUAUUCGAUUUUGCCCUGAAGCACUAUGUUACAUUUUCAAACUAGCUGAUGAGGCUUCACUUAGAAAAAUUGGAUUACUACAAAACCAGAAUUUAAAAUCACCAGAAGGAGAGUUCAUAGAGAAAGUGAUACGACCGUUGUAUGACUUUGUAAAGGACCAAGUGUAUCAUAAAGAGAAAAACUCAAACCUAGUACGGAGAGAUCGUGAUCAUUCCAACGUUAUUGGCUAUGAUGAUGUAAAUCAGUAUUUCUGGUACUCAGAAAGCAUUGUGAGAUUGAGGACUCACGAUAAGACCAAACUAGUUAACAUAUCACCGCAGUUUCGAUACGAUUCGUUACAACAUGUGAAUUGGCAGGAGGCUUUUCAAAAGACUUUCAAGGAGAAAAGGUCAUGGAUGCAUUUAGCUGUUAAUUUUACACGAAUUUGGAUCAUUCAUAUAGUCUCUUUUUGGUAUUAUGUCUCUUUCAAUUCGGACGUACUGUAUUUGAACUCUGAUAAGUCCAUAGCAGAAAAAGAAAUGCCUGUGAAGAUAUCUGUGGCCGCUCUCGGUGGUGCUUUAGCAACUAUUUUGGUCAUGAUUGGAUGCUUUGUAGAAUAUAUAUAUGUUCCGAUGACUUUCCAAAGAGCUGGGAUCUUAUCAGGACGAUUGGUGCUACUUUUCUUUAUAUUAAUUCUCAAUGCUGGUCCUUCCAUUUAUUGUCUCAGAUUUAAGCGUACAGGCUCUUUAUCAAUGGCAAUAGCUUUGACUCAACUAUUCGUAAGCUUAAUUACGAGUAUUUCUUUCGCUAUUAUUCCACAAUCAAGGCUUUUUAUACGGAAGGGUAGUGCAUCAGCAUCUAAUUCAAAAAAUACACCAGCAAGUCAAACAUUCACUGCCAGCUUUCCUUAUCUGAAAAGAAGAGAUCGCAUCACUUCAAUUGGUUUGUGGGUUUGUGUUUUUGGAUGUAAAUUCCUGGAGUCAUAUUUUUUCAUUGCGUUAUCGUUUAAAGAUCCUCUAAAAGCCAUCACCAAACUGGAUAUUAGUCACUGCAACGAACCGCUUACAGGAUCCAUUUUAUGUGCGCGUAUGCCAAUUAUAUCUAUCGCUCUGAUGUUCUUAAUGGAACUGAUAUUGUUCUUCCUCGACACUUAUCUCUGGUAUGUCAUUUGGAACACGGUAUUUUCGGUAGCAAGAUCAUUUUAUUUGGGAAUAUCUCUUUGGAGUCCCUGGAGAAAUACGUUUUCUAGAUUGCCAAAAAGAAUCUACGCCAAGUUGUUAGCAACUUCUGAAUUGGACUUGCAGCUACAACCAAAGGCUCUUUGCUCGCAAGUUUGGAAUGCUUUAAUUAUAUCGAUGUUUCGGGAACACUUGUUGUCUGCUGACCAUGUCUCAAAGCUAUUAUAUAAGCAGAUAUUAAGCACCGGAGCGAACAAUUCAACUUUGAAGACUCCAACAUUUUUUGUUUCGCAGGAAGAUGUUGCCUUCAAAACUGAAUAUUAUCCACAAAAAAGUGAAGCUAGUCGUCGUAUUCAAUUCUUCGCUCAGAGUUUAACAACGCCGAUGCCUGAAGCUCUUCCUGUACCUAAUAUGCCAACAUUUACAGUGAUGACACCUCAUUAUGGUGAAAAAAUUCUCUUAUCGUUACGGGAAAUCAUCCGAGAGGAAGAUAAGAACACCAGAAUUACUCUACUAGAAUAUUUAAAGCAACUGCACCCAUUUGAAUGGGAAAAUUUUGUGAAAGACUCAAAAAUACUAGCAGGCGAAGAAACUCUAACAAAGGAUGAGGAUGGUGAUUUAAUGCCUGUCUUGGAUGAAAAGAAAGAAGAACAAGAUAGGCUUGACGAUUUACCUUUCUACUGCGUUGGUUUCAAAACAAGUACACCAGAAUAUACGUUACGUACUCGUAUUUGGGCAUCUCUUAGAUCACAAACUCUUUUCCGUACUAUCACAGGAUUUAUGAAUUAUCAAAAGGCGGUUAAGUUACUCUAUCGCGUUGAAACACCUGAAUUAAGCUAUCUUGACCAACAUAACAAUAUUGACAGCCCAACUGCUCCUUCUGAGGCCUAUACAGCUGCAGAAACUGAGUUAGAGAAAAUGGCAAACCGUAAAUUUCGGUUUGUAGUGGCUAUGCAACGUUACGCCUCGUUUACUGCAGAAGAAAAAGAAAAUGUGGACUAUAUAUUGAAAGCUUAUCCAGAUUUACAGAUAGCCUACAUUGAAGAGGAGAAUGUUCCACGCGCAAGAAACCAAACAGACAACAUAUUUAAUAUUAUUCGAGAGUACGACACUAUCUAUUAUACUGUUUUAAUCGAUGGCCGAUGUGCUUUACGUCCCGAUGGUACCAGAACGCCCAAAUAUCGUAUUCGGCUGCCAGGAAAUCCUAUUCUUGGCGAUGGUAAAUCUGAUAACCAAAACACAGCUUUACCUUUUUGUCGCGGUGAAUAUCUUCAGCUCAUCGAUGCCAAUCAGGACAAUUAUCUCGAAGAAUGUAUAAAAAUCCGGAACCUACUUGGAGAGUUUGAGGAAAUGCAAAUAACUGAAGAGUCACCUUAUGCCAGUAAUAAGUUUAGUAAGAGCCCUGUAGCUAUUGUUGGAGCUAGAGAAUAUAUUUUCUCUGAGAAUAUAGGCGUACUUGGCGAUGUAGCUGCUGGAAAAGAGCAGACUUUCGGUACUGUAACUCAACGUAUUAUGGCGACAAUUGGCGGAAGGUUUCAUUAUGGCCACCCAGACUUUUUGAAUAGUGUUUUUAUGACAACCAGAGGAGGCGUGAGUAAAGCCCAAAAAGGUCUGCAUUUGAACGAAGAUAUUUAUGCUGGCAUUAACGCUUUCGAACGUGGUGGGCGCAUCAAGCACGUUGAAUAUUUCCAAUGUGGAAAGGGCCGUGAUCUUGGCUUUGGAUCCGUACUUAAUUUUGCAACAAAGAUCGGUUCAGGCAUGGGCGAGCAGCUACUUUCCCGCGAAUACUAUUAUCUUGGCACUCAAUUACCACUGGAUCGUUUCCUGACAUUCUUUUACGCACAUCCUGGAUUUCAAAUCAAUAAUAUCUUCAUCAUGCUGUCCAUUCAUGUCUUCAUGUUUGUUCUAUUGUUCCUUAGUGUUACAAAUCUUCCCAUGAAGAUUUGUGACACCAACCCUGCAUUGGGUGCUGAUGCAGACUUAUUGCUGGAGGGUUGUUACAAUAUGGCGCCAAUCUUCGAAUGGAUUAAACGCGUCGUAAUCUCUAUUUUUGCUGUUGUCUUCAUAUCCUUCUUGCCACUUUUCUUGCACGAAUUGACUGAACGUGGUUUCUUCCAAGCAGCCAGCCGUUUAUGCAAACAGCUAUUAUCGUUAUCACCUCUCUUUGAAAUUUUUGUCACACAAACUUAUGCCAACUCGAUUCUAAACAAUUUGACUUUUGGGGGCGCUCACUAUAUUGGCACAGGACGCGGAUUCGCUACAGCACGUUUACCAUUUUCUUUGCUUUACUCCAGAUUUGCUGACACAGGUAUGUAUGCAGGUGCUCGAAUGGCUUUGAUUUUGUUAUUUGGCUCAAUGGUACUCCGAAUCCCGCAUCUUGCCUACUUUUGGUUCACCAUACUUGCACUUGUCCUCUCUCCCUACUUGUUCAAUCCACACCAGUUCUCUAUCAUGGACUUUUUAGUGGACUAUCGAGAAUAUAUUCGUUGGUUAUCGCGAGGGCAUAGCACCACGCAUCAUAACUCCUGGAUUGAAUAUUGCCGUUUCAUUCGUAUGCGUACAACGGGUACUAAAAAGAGACAAACUGGCUUACAAAUGCCUCUUCAACCAAAAGCGCGUGCAAGGUUCAGUGUAGCCCUAUUUUCCGAGAUACUUAUGCCGUUGUUGAUAGCAUUCUUGAGUAUUUCUGCUUAUCUUUUUGUGCAAAGCUUUGACGAGCAAGAUGCCAGUCAGUUGAACAACAACAGCAACAACAGUAAAAUCCAUAGUGUUUUGGUACGAGUAGGUGUGAUCGCUAUGGGUCCUCUGCUAUUGAAUGCGGUAGCUUUGGGUCUGCUGUUCUUUUUCUCUUUAGUUGGAGGUUAUCUGGCCAGUUUUUGUUGCGGUGUCAAGUUUGGUGCUACUGUUGCUGCUAUUGCCCAUGGUUGGGCUGUUGUUAACUAUGUGGUUUUCUUUGAGGUUUUGUUUUUCUUGGAGAACUGGAACUUCGGGCAAGUUAUUCUCGGUAUGAUUGCUGUGAGCGCUAUGCAGCGUCUAAUUUUCAGGGCUAUUACUGUUCUUUUACUCACGCGUGAGUUUCAAGAUGGCCGAAGCAAUCAUGGCUGGUGGACAGGACGUUGGUAUGGACGCAGUCUUGGAUGGCAUGCACUUACUCAACCAUUUAGAGAGUUUGUUUGUAAGGUUACGGAAAUGAGUCACUUUGCAACUGACUUCUUACUCGGCCAUAUCAUUCUCUUCGUUCUAUUCUUGAUUUGUUUGAUCCCUUGUAUCGAUAAAUGGCAUUCACUUAUGUUGUUCUGGUUAAAGCCAAGCAAACAAAUUCAGCACCCCAUCUAUACAUCAAAUCAGCGAUCCAGAAGAUGGCGUAUUGCUGUCUCUUAUGGGCUCCUAUUGGCAUCCUUAUUUGUCCUUUUUUUAGCUUUGUUAAUAGUCCCAGCAAUUUUAGGACCUCGUUUGCAUCUUAAAAUCCCUCUUCCUAUAUAA